CGUUCAUUGUUUACUACGCAUUUCAAACAAGUUUCUUCUGGCUCAAUGUAAUGUGUUUUGACAUAUGGAGGACGUUCAGUGGCUACCGCGGGAGCAGCAAUAAGCGACGCGAAAAAAAACGAUUUGUUCUCUAUGGCAUGUACGCAUGGGGUGUACCGCUGAUACUCACUGCUGCUACAAUAGCCAUGCAAUUCGCAGAUGUCCCGGAUAAUAUUAUUACACCUGGCUUCGCUUAUCGGCGGUGUUGGUUUGAAAACUGGUUAAGCGAACUGGAAACCGCCAUUUUGAAGGGAGCCGAAUCAGCUAGAAGUGACAAACUUACAAAGGAUAAGCAGAGAUACGCACUCUACCUGAAGCUUUUCGUAGUAAUGGGUGUGAACUGGACGGUGGAGAUAAUCAGUUUUUCUGUUGGCGGCUCCAACUGGUACUGGAUCUUGAUCGACGUUUCUAACAUUGUGCUCGGCCUUUUCAUCUUUCUUAUUUUCGUUUGGAAGAGGAAAGUACGCAACUUGGUGGCUAAAAAAUGGCGCAGUGUGCGUGGAGUGCAUGCAUCCAACGGAGCUGCACAAUGGGUAACCCGUUCCAGUUCCGCACCUACUGAAGAUACCCGUAUAUCUAACGACGACACCGCACUGCGUCUUAAAGACCUACAUUGA